CACCCUCGGCAUGCUCGCCUGCCUGCGCCCCUGCCGCGCCGUCUGCAGCACGGCUGGCCCCAGCGGCGCAUGUGUGGCCGGCACGCACGCCGCCGCCCGCCGCCUGCCGCCGCUCGCCCGGCCGGCCGCAUGCCACGCCUUCCACGCCUCGGCCGCCGCGCCGUCGGGCUCAAACAAGUGGUCGAAGAUCAGGCACAAGAAGGCCGCCAACGACUCGGCACGCGGCUCCUUCUACGGCGCCCUCUCGCGCGAGAUCAUCGCCUGCGUGCGCCAGCACCCCACGCGCUCCGCCGACGCGGCGACGAACAGCCGCCUGGGCCUGCUGCUGCGCAAGGCGCGCGACAUGGACGUGCCCAAGGACAAGGUGCAGGCCACGCUCGACAAGGCCUCGCGCGCAGACGGGCCCGACGACAAGACGCUCACCUUCGAGGCACUCGGGCCGCCGCCGCAGGGCGGCACGCAGCCCGUGGCCAUGAUCAUCGAGUGCGCCACCGACUCGCCCUCACGCACGCAUGCCAAGGUCAAGGAGCACUUCAACCGCGCUGGCGCACGUCUCAGCUCCACGUCGCACCUGUUUGACCGCACGGGCAUCAUCCACCUGACGCCUGCCGAGGGUGCGGGCUUCGACGAGGUGUUCGAGGAGGCCGUCGAGGCGGGCGCGGAGGACGUGCGCACGUACGAGGACGAGCAUGGCGAGGGCAUCGAGGUCAUCUGCAGCCCGAGCGACCUGCCCGAGCUCUCGGCGGCCCUGGGCGCACGGCACUCGGUGCACAGUGCCACCUCGGCGCUCAUCCCGUCUGGCCCGCCGCUGCGCUUCCGCGCCGCGCCGGUGGAUGGCGAGCCUGCCGAGGAAGUGGACGAGGAUGAAGAGGCGAGCGGCUACGUCGAUGAGGAGGACAUCGAGCGGCUGGACCGGCUCAUGGAGAACCUCGAGGAGGAGGCCGACUGCCAGCGCAUCUGGAGCAAUCUCGACGGCUGGCCAGCGCGAUGAGGCGGUAUGCCUGGACACAAGCAAUGCAUCAUCUCGACCUCACGCCCGCUCGAUCUAGGCAUUCAUGUCAUGAACGAGAAGAAGCGUUGUACAUGUUUUGGAAUGAUGCAUGGACGCGGCUAGAAAAAAA